GGCGCUAAGGGAGCAGCAGCUCCGUCCUCUCGGCACGGGCAGCGGCGAUGCCGGCGGCGAGCGGAGCCCCGUGGCUGCUCGCCCUGGCGCUGCUGCUGGCCGGGGCCCCGAGCCGCGGGCAGCACUACGAGUACUACGGGUGGCAGCCCGAGAGUCCUUCCCACGGGCGCUUCUACGGGCGGGAGCCGCAGUGCCUCGACAUCCCUCCCGACAUGCAGCUCUGCCGCGACGUGGGCUACAAGCGCAUGCGGCUGCCCAACCUGCUGGAGCACGAGAGCAUGGCCGAGGUCAAGCAGCAGGCCAGCAGCUGGGUGCCCCUGCUCGCCAAGCAGUGCCACACCGACACACAGCUCUUCCUCUGCUCCCUCUUCGCCCCCGUCUGCCUCGACCGGCCCGUCUACCCCUGCCGCUCCCUCUGCGAGGUGGUGCGCGACUCCUGUGCCCCUGUCAUGGAGUCCUACGGCUUCCCCUGGCCAGAGAUGCUCCACUGUGGCAAAUUCCCCUCCGACCACGAGCUCUGCAUCGCCGUCCAGUUCGGGAACAGCAAGGCCACCCCACCACCAGUGUCGAAGAUAUGCACCCAGUGCGAGAUGGAGCACAAGGCAGAUGGCAUGAUGGAGCAGAUGUGCUCCAGCGACUUCGUGGUGAAGAUGCGCAUCAAGGAAGUGACAGAGGAGAAUGGGGAGCGGCGGCUGGUGGCCGCCCAGAAGAAGAAGGUGCUGAAGCUGGGCCCGCUCAAGCGCAAGGACACCAAGAAGAUGGUGCUGCACAUGAGGAAUGCAGGUGCCUGCCCCUGCCCCCAGCUCGACAGCCUCAGUGGCAGCUUCCUGGUGAUGGGCCGCAAGGUGGGCAGCCGCCUGCUCCUCCUCGCCAUCUACCCCUGGCAGAAGCACAACAAGGAGAUGAAGUUUGCCGUCAAGUUCAUGUUCUCCUACCCCUGCCCCCUCUACCACCCCUUGCUCUAUGGGGCCGGGCCUCACUAGGGCUUUGCUCAGUCUGCCCUGUCCCAGAACGCCUGCACUGGCCCAGCACAAUACCCCUGGCAUCCCUGGUUGCUCCCCUGAGCCGUUAGCUGUGCCUCAUGACCUUACUCUGCACCCGCAGGAUUCCCAGCUGCAUUCAUGGGAGCCUUGAUCCACAGCCAGGACCCCUGCCCCUUCUGCAGAAGUGUGCUCUGUACCCCCAGGGCUCCUGUCCUGCUCCCAGGACUCUUGCCUAUGCUCAGAAGCUUGGGCUGCACCCAGGACCCUCGCUCUGCAUGCUUACAAGCCUUGGUUGGCACAAGAAGCUGCCCCCUAGCCUCCUACCCAGCACCCCAGGAUCCCUUGCCUGCACUUAGGAUCUCUGCUUGGCCCUUUUGGGACCCUUUGGCUGCACCCGAGACCCCUACACUGCACCCUGGUGUUCCCUGCCCACCUCCCUGGUGGCAUGUCACAGACCCUCAGACCCCAGAUCAUUCCAUGCCCAUACCCCAAGUUUAUGCUCCAGCCCUGAUGCAGCCCACGUGCACAGAGACCCACCCCAGCCAAGGCUUCUGCCCCACUGUCCCCUCAGUCUGCCCUAACAAAGACCAGCUGCCCAGAGCAGCAUGGCCCCUGCCUCGGCCUCUCAGCUCUUUCAAUCCCAGGUUGCUUGCGGAGUGUGCAGGAGGGGUCCACCUCCAAGCCCCUCAGACCAGCCUUGCUGCAUCCCCCACCCCUGCCAAGAUGCAUCCCAGGCAUCCCUUACCUGACCACACCACAGUAAAUUAUUCCACCUCCAAGAAGCCUGUGUUCAGCUCCCUGUGGUUCAUGGGCAACCACCCCUUCCUGCGCUCUCAGAGAUCCCAGGAAGGAUGGGAGAGGGCUCCCAGUCCUAGCCCCGUUCCAGGCUUCAUGCCCAGAGCCCAAGACUGGGCAGCCCAGCCAAGCCAAGGGACAAAGUUCCCAGUGGUCGCAGGCAUCGCUAGAGACUCAGUCAUCCCUGCCACCUCUGCAAGAUCCCAGCCAGGGAGGGUGGUGAGAUGGGCAGGAUGAGGGGACAGGGACAUGGCUGCUGCUGGAGCCCCACAGCUGUGUCUGAGGGUGUUCACUAGAAAGGUUUGUCCCUCAUCUCCCCUGGGGCACAGAUUCGCAGGCUGCAAGUUGGCAGCACGUGUGGGGAGGGUGGCACUGAGCCAGGACCUCUGGGCACCCCAUGUCCACACCACCCGAAAGCCCUGUUUGCACCUCCCAGCCAGUCCUUCCUGGCUGCCAGACUUCCCAUCCCGUAACCUCCAGUCUCCUCCAUAAAGGCCACCCACAUGCACCAUCCAGACCCCCCCGCAGCACUGGGGCUGGUGCAGCCCUCAGUCUGGCCUCUCCAAUGGCCCCGGGGUGCUGCUCCUCAGCUCCUCCAGUCCUGGAGCAGGGGCUGCCUCUGUCUCAGCAGUCCCUCAGUCCCAGCUGGCAAGGUGGGCAGCCUGCCCACUUCUGUCCCACUUCAGCCCUGUUUAUCCAGCACAUUCUUGCAUUCGCCCAUCCCGCCAGGCGAGGGAAGCACGAAGGCAGCUGCUGGGAUGUUUACUCAGCACCUGGCCGCCUGACACUGUGGUUUCUCACCAGAGCUGGCCCAGUCACAGGGGACCCUCCCAGGACAAGAGGGGAAUUGAGGCUGCAGGAUGCCUCUACCCAACCUUCUCCCAGCUGAUGAGGCCAUCAGGCACCUGCCGCCCUGCACCACAGUGAUCCCUACUCCCUCUGCUUGCCUUGGGCAUGACCUCAGCCCCACUGGCUGCCCCACAUCUCCCAGAGCCUCAAAGGCGCAUCCCCUACCCACAGCUGGGCAGGGACACGGGGCUGCACACCCCUGCCACAGCCUCACACCAGGGGCAGGCGGUUACUGCCCCCACCCUGGCCAAUAUGGAAAAAAACUGGGGAAAAAGAAUCAAAUACUGUCAGAAGGCAUGUUUGGAGCAAGGCUGCUGAGCACGCUGCCAUAGGAAUAAACAUCGCCAAUUAAGUCAUUUUACUGCAAAACUUAAAGAGUGCAAAUAAAACCCCAUCUCCCUCAGCCCAAGUUUAUCUGUAGCUC